AUGUCUUCUCAUCAAUCCAAUAUCAGCACCUCUACAACCACAUACCCAUUCUACAUGGGUCUCAUCUCUCGUUCUAACAAGACUUCGCCGAUUCUCAGUUUUCUCGAAAAAAAGAUUGAAAUUGAAAAAUCUAAAAUUUCUAAAGAAUCAUUAGAUGAAUGGUUUCCACCAAACCCUCAAUCUGUCUCUUACAAAGUAGAAACGAAAUUAGAAUCUAGCGACAUGAAUCUAAAUACUUCCGUUGAUGACUAUGACAAAUCAGAUAUUCCAUAUGAUGGAUAUUUGGGCCUUGAAGAAAAGAAACCUGCCAGAUAUUUGAAACUAAAGACUAUUGAAAAAAUUCCGUAUGAAUUUCGCAUCGGAUUAGGAGAGCUUUUACCUCCGAAAACGAAUAAACUAGACGAAUUACAUUGUUUAUUACUUUGCCAGGUUUUACCAAAGACGUCUCGUGAAUUGCUAAAAUUGCAAUCUCCAAUGCCUCCGAUGAAAAGAAAUGGACAAGUUAAAACUCUUGACUUAUCGAGGAAGUUGCCUUCAAAAUUCAAUCACAAGAAAGGCGAGAAAAAUGCAUUAUUAAAAAAUUCGAAAUCGAGUAUUCCGAAACUUCAUCAAAAAUAA